AUGAGCACUACCAAGCAACCCGAAAAAUUCUCCCAGACUGUUUGCCCUCAAGGCGUACAUGGCGCAAAUCAACCAAUAUUCACCGUGCCGGCAUCAGGAAACCUACCUCGGCAGGAGAGACUGAAGCAUCUUACAACGCAGUUGCUAUGGCGUCUCCAACAAUCCUCUCCAUAUCACGCUACUAGCUCCAAAGAAUUGUCAAUGCCCAGGCUCCCAGAUGACAGUAUUGACUCGAGCUCGUCCAUUAGACUGGAACCACUGAUUCCUGGGCUCGAGGAGUCGAGAGGCGCACUGUACGAAAUAGGCGUGUCUGAUGACGGGACGUUGGUUGGCUUGACAAGGGACGAGGUGGCUGAAAGCAUCAGCACACUGCGUGUCAUGGCGGCAAGUCUGGGCUGCACAGUAGAUGUGGUUCGCAUGGUUGUUGUUGGAAAUUGUGAGUGGGAGGAGGUCGCGUCUUCUGUGCGUGAUGGUGACCAGGAAGCAAAUCCCGUUACAAAGGAAGGGAAACUUUGGGUGGCAGAAGCGCUUAUUACCCCCUACCUCGGCCUUCUUGACAUCUCGGACACAGAAUACAGACGAUCAGGCCAAAGCAUGACAAAAACAAGCGGCACAGAUCGUACCACCCCUGGGCCUCAGCAAGUCGCCGUGCCCAGCAGAGGAAGCUCCGCAACUCAGAGUGACCCUUACUGGUCCCACUACGUCAGGCAAAUCGAGUUUACUGGGCACCUUGUCGACUGGAACUCUGGAUAA